AUGGAUUCCAAACACCAUCGUUCCCGGGUUCAUACCUGGGUGUCAACGACGCUGGCUUUUCUCAACCUCCCCUUUACUGCCUCGUCUGCUGGUGCCCACCAAGGUCAAGCACGCCUACCAUGGCCUCACCAACCCAACGCCCUACCCCCUCUUAAGUUCGGCCCGUCCGGAACGUUCCACCUCUCCAUCUUUGAGGAUCUGCAUUUUGGCGAGAAUGCCUGGGAAGACUGGGGUCCACGCCAAGAUGUCCAAAGCGUGAAGGUCAUCAACAGCAUCCUUGACUCCGAGCCCAACAUUGACCUGGCGGUGCUGAACGGCGACCUCAUAACUGGCGACAAUUCUUUCCAUGAGAACAGCACCGUCUACAUCGAUAAGAUUGUCCAGCCGCUUGUUCACCAUGGCCUUACUUGGGCAUCCACCUACGGUAACCAUGACAACCAUGUUAACAUAUCCGGCUCCCACAUUCUCGCGCGCGAGCGCCGUUGGCCUGGAACUCGGACGCAACAGACCUUCCCUGAUGAACAAGAUGUCGGAGUGUCCAACUACUAUCUCCCCGUUUACGGCCCCGAUUGUUCGGCAACGAAUCUCCCGUUCGACCCCCUGAACCACAAGCAUCACGGAUGCACCCCCGCGCUGCUUCUCUGGUUUUUCGACAGCCGCGGCGGCUUCCGCUACCAACCCACGCCUGACCCAACCAAACUCACCCCUCUCCCCAACUGGGUCGACCCGCUCGUAGCGGACUGGUUCACCCACAUCAACACCCUCUUCACCCGCCAAAGCCCCAACAAGAAACCCAUUCCCUCUCUCGCGUUCGUCCACAUCCCCCCAUACCCAGCCCUAACACUGCAGGAACAACGCGCAUCCCAAAGCGACCCAAACUGGGAAGCACAUCACCACCCGGGAAUCAACGACGACGUGCCCGUCGCCACCCAAGCACAAGGGUGGUGUGCCAACGGAACGACAGGGGAUGGCUGUGUGUACGGAGGGCAGGACAAACCGUUUUGGAAUGCCAUCUCAACAACGCCCGGAGUGAAGGCCUUGUUCUUUGGGCAUGAUCACGGAAAUACGUGGUGCGCGCCAUGGAAGGGGGAGAACGGCGGAACAAAUCCCGGCCAGGGCGAAGGACAGGAAAAGAGGACGCAGAAGAGUAAUGGCAUCAAUCUCUGCUUUGGACAGCAUACCGGGUAUGGGGGGUACGGGAAUUGGAUCCGGGGCGCGCGACAAGUCGUCAUUUCGCUUGGGGGCGUAGGAGAGGAUGUGGAAGUUGAGACAUAUAUGAGAUUGGAGUCUGGGGACGUGGUCGGGGCGGUCUCGUUGAAUGGGACGUAUGGAGGGGAUUGGUACCCGGCUACGCCGAACGAUCAAACGAAGGCACCGGAGACGCGAUGA